GAAACAGUGGAAGCAGUGAAAGAAUAGGACGACGGGUUUCAUACCCAAACAGUCUUCGCAUUAGGGGAGAAACGAUGGAUGAAUAUCCUUAUCCCAUCACUGUAGACGUCAGUUGGACAACCUCUGUCUCUAAAGGGAUAAAGAACAAGCUUCAGAUUUAUUUUCAAAGUAAAAAGAAGUCGAGUGGAGGGGACUGCUUGGUGCACUACGAGGAUCAACGCUCCACGAGAGCAACUGUUUAUUUCAAAAAUGAGGAUGGUAAGUAAAUCACCAGGGGUGAAGAUUUGUAUCGUAUAACUGUCAUGUUCUAGCCUACUGUAGACUAUCAUAAUAGUGAAAUAGUGUUAUCCAUAAAAAUGUAAAUAUGUAUACGUGACUUCCAGUAAAGUGACGUGUGCAUGAUUUCGCAUUUGUCUCCACAGUCAGGGAAAGGGUCCUAUUGAGGGAUAACCACGAAAUUACUGUAGAGAAUGAAACUGUGAAGUUGCGGGUGUCAUCAUCAUCGGGGGGAAAUCCGGAAGAGGCUUGCUCUCCGUCGGUGAGUAGUCUAUAUUAAUUGCUACAUUUUAAAACACUAGCUACAACUGUUGGAUUGUUGACUUGCUGUGAAAUCAAAAUGUAUGAACGUCUGCUUUCAACAGUGUUGAGGCCUUCCCAUUUCAGCUACAGUUGGCCCGAUUCUAUGCUUUCAACAGUGUUGAGGCCUUCCCAUUUCACCUACAGUUGGCCCGAUUCGACCUAGUUUGUUCUGUCAUGCGUCAUUUUAAUGUCAGCCAAUCAGAGAAAAAUGCCCGUAUUCCGUUGCUGUGCCCAGUUUUGUCAUGUAUUGGUCUCAUACAGUCAUUGGUUUGUCUAAAGAUAAAAAAGGAUUGUUGUAAUAGACUGCUAUCUUUAGUUGUAAGCAGUGAUUGUGGGGUAGUAAAGUUUCCACAUUACUGUCAACUAACAUCAUAAUUAGGCCUACAUGUACUCAGUGGUGUUAUAGUGGUAUUUCUUUAAGUCCAGGAGCACAACCAUUUUUAAAUGAUGUCAUAAUUUCUCAAUCAACGUUUAUAUCAACAGAUGUAGCCUAUUGGAUAUCAUUAUAGAAUAUGCAUAAAAUGCAUCCUCCUCUAAAAUAAUACCUAAACGAAGAAUACCUAAAAUAAUACAUUUCACUGCACCUAUCCGGUGUAUCUAAUUCUUCAUGUUCUAUGGGUGAGAUGUCCAAACUCCAACCAUUUGAUCUCAAUCAGUUUAAUUGGAAUAUGCACUUAGAUCUUCUUGAAUUACUGUUUUGUGAGUGAAUUAGUACAUUUACAUUUUAGUCCAGCGACUUACAGGGGCAAUUUUUUUAUUUAUUUUUUAUUUCACCUUUAUUUAACCAGGUAAGCCAGUUGAGAACAGUUUCUCAUUUACAACUGCGACCUGGCCAAGAUAAAGCAAAGUAGUGCAAUAAAAACAACACAGAGUUACAUAUGGGGUAAAAAAAAACAUAAAGUCAGAAAUACAACAGAAAAUAUAUAUACAGUGUGUGCAAAUGUAGCAAGUUAUGGAGGUAAGGCAAUAAAUAGGCUAUAGUGCAGAAUAAUUACAAUAGUAUUAACACUGGAAUGCUAGAUGUGCAAGAGAUUAUGUGCAAAUAGAGAUACUGGGGUGCAAAAGAGCAAAAUAAAUAACAAUAUAGGGAUGAGGUAGUUGGGUGGGCUAAUUUCAGAUGGGCUGUGUACAGGUGCAGUGAUCGGUAAGGUGCUCUGACAACUGAUGCUUAAAGUUAGUGAGGGAGAUAAGAGUCUCCAGCUUCAGAGAUUUUUGCAAUUCGUUCCAGUCAUUGGCAGCAGAGAACUGGAAGGAAUGGCGGCCAAAGGAGGUGUUGGCUUUGGGAAUGACCAGUGAGAUAUACCUGCUGGAGCGCAGACUACGGGUGGGUGCUGCUAUGGUGACCAAUGAGCUAAGAUAAGGCGGGGAUUUGCCUAGCAGUGAUUUAUAGAUGGCCUGGAGCCAGUGGGUUUGACGACGAACAUGUAGUGAGGACCAGCCAACAAGAGCGUACAGCUCACAGUGGUGGGUAGUGUAUGGGGCUUUGGAGACAAAACGGAUGGCACUGUGAUAGACUACAUCCAAUUUGCUGAGUAGAGUGUUGGAGGCUAUUUUGUAAAUGACAUCGCCGAAGUCAAGGAUCGGUAGGAUAGUCAGUUUUACGAGGGCAUGUUUGGCAGCAUGAGUGAAGGAGGCUUUGUUGCGAAAUAGGAAGCCGAUUCUAGAUUUAACUUUGGAUUGGAGAUUCUUUAUGUGAGUCUGGAAGUUGAGUUUACAGUCUAACCAGACACCUAGAUAUUUGUAGUUGUCCACAUACUCUAGGUCAGACCCGUCGAGAGUGGUGAUUCUAGUCGGGUGGGCGGGUGCUAGCAGCGUUCGAUUGAAAAGCAUGCAUUUAGUUUUACUAGUGUUUAAGAGCAGUUGAAGGCUACUGAAGGAUUGUUGUAUGGCAUUGAAGCUCGUUUGGAGGUUUGUUAACACAGUGUCCAAUGAAGGGCCAGAUGUAUACAAAAUGGUGUCGUCUGCGUAAAGGUGGAUCUGAGAGUCACCAGCAGCAAGAGCGACAUCAUUGAUAUACACGGAGAAAAGUGUCGGCCCAAGAAUUGAACCCUGUGGCACCCCCAUAGAGACUGCCAUAGGUCCAGACAACAGGCCCUCCGAUUUGACACACUGAACUCUAUCUGAGAAGUAGUUGGUGAACCAGGCGAGGCAGUCAUUUGAGAAACCAAGGCUAUUUAGUCUGCCAAUAAGAAUGCGGUGGUUGACAGAGUCGAAAGCCUUGGCCAGGUCGAUGAAGACGGCUGCACAGUACUGUCUAUUAUCAAUCGCGGUUAUAAUAUCGUUUAGGACCUUGAGCGUGGCUGAAGUGCACCCGUGACCAGCUCGGAAACCGGAUUGCAUAGCGGAGAAGGUACGGUGGUAUUCGAAAUGGUCGAUGAUCUGUUUGUUAACUUGGCUUUCGAAAACUUUCGAAAGGCAGGGCAGGAUGGAUAUAGGUCUGUAGCAGUUUGGAUCUAGAGUGUCACCCCCUUUGAAGAGGGGGAUGACCGCGGCAGCUUUCCAAUCUCUGGGGAUCUCAGACGUUAUGAAAGAGAGGUUGAACAGACUAGUAAUAGGGGUUGCGACAAUUUCGGCGGCUAGUUUUAGAAAGAAAGGGUCCAGAUUGUCUAGCCCAGCUGAUUUGUAGGGGUCCAGAUUUUGCAGCGCUUUCAAAACAUCAGCUGUCUGAAUUUGUGUGAAGGAGAAGCGGGGGGGGCAUGGGCAAGUUGCAGCAGAGGGUGCAGAGUUGGUGGCCGGGUUAGUGGUAGCUAGAUGGAAAGCAUGGCCAGCUGUAGCAAAAUGCUUGUUGAAAUUCUCGAUUAUUGUAGAUUUAUCGGUGGUGAUAGUGUUUCCUAGCCUCAGUGCAGUGGGCAGCUGGGAGGAAGUGCUCUUAUUCUCCAUGGACUUUACAGUGUCCCAAAACUUUUUGGAGUUAGUGCUACAGGAUGCAAAUUUCUGUUUGAAAAAGUUAGCCUUUGCUUUCCUGACUGCUUGUGUAUAUUGGUUCCUAACUUCCCUGAAAAGUUGCAUAUCGCGGGGGCUAUUUGAUGCUAAUGCUGUACGCCACAGGAUGUUUUUGUGCUGGUCAAGGUCAGUCAAGUCUGAGGAGAACCAGGGGCUAUAUCUGUUCUUAGUUCUGUAUUUUUUGAAUGGGGCAUGUUUAUUUAAGAUUGAGAGGAAAUUACUUUUAAGGAACAACCAGGCAUCCUCUACUGACGGAAUGAGAUCUAUAUCCAUCCAGGAUACCUGGGCCAGGUCAAUUAGGAAGGCCUCCUCGCUAAAGUGUUUUAGGGAGCGUUUGACAGUGAUGAGGGGUGGUCGUUUGACCGCGGACCCGUUACGGACGCAGGCAAUAAGGCAGUGAUCGCUGAGAUCCUGGUUGAAGACAGCUGAGGUGUAUUUAGAGGGUAUGUUAGUCAGGAUGAUAUCUAUGAGGGUACCCAUGUUUACGGAUUUAGGGUUGUACCUGGUAGGUUCGUUGAUAAUUUGCGUGAGGUUGAGGGCAUCUAGCUUGGAUUGUAGGAUGGCUGGGGUAUUAAGCAUAUCCCAAUUUAGGUCACCAAGCAGUACAAACUCUGAGGAUAAAUGGGGGGCAAUCAAUUCACAUAUGGUGUCCAGGGCACAGCUGGGGGCUGAGGGGGGUCUGUAGCAAGCGGCAACAGUGAGAGACUUAUUUCUGGAAAGGUGGAUUUUUAGAAGUAGAAGCUCAAACUGUUUGGGCACAGACCUGGAUAGUAUGAUAGAGCUCUGCAGUCUAUCUCUACAAUAGAUUGCAACUCCACCCCCUUUGGCAGUUCUAUCUAGACGGAAAAUGUUAUAGUUGGGGAUGGAAAUUUCAGAAUUUUUGGUGGCCUUCCUGAGCCAGGAUUCAGACACUGCUAGAACAUCAGGGUUGGCAGAGUGUGCUAACGCAGUGAAUAACUCAAACUUAGGAAGUAGACUUCUGAUAUUUAUGUGCAAGAAACCAAGACUUUUGCGAUUACAGAAGUCAUCAAAUGAUAGCGCCUGGGGAGUAGGAGUGAUACUGAGGGCUGCAGGGCCUGGGUUAGCCUCUACAUCACCAGAGGAACAGAGGAGGACUAGAAUAAGGAUACGGCUAAAGGCUUUAAGAACUGGUCUUCUAGUGCGUUGGGUACAUAGAAUAAAGGGGGCAGAUUUCCGGGUGUUAUAGAAAAGAUUCAGGGCAUUAUGUACAGACAAGGAUAUGGAAGGAUAUGAGUAAAGUGGAGGUAAACCUAAGCGUUGGGUAACAAUGAAAGAGAUAGUAUCUCUAGAGGCAUCAAUUGAGUCGGUCUCUGAGUGUAUGGGGGGAGGGACAAAGGAACUAUCUAAGGCAGGUUUAGCUAGGCUGGGGGGUCUACAGUGAUAUAGUACAAUUAGAAAUAACCGAAACAACAAUAAACUAACCAUGUUUGGGCUGAGGCUAAACAUAAACAGGAUGUAGUACCGUAAAAAGGAACAGUCCAGCAGAUAUCAGCUGUAUAGCUGAGUUAUCAUAAGGUCCGGUGGUGAAGCGCUAGUGAGUAAGAGGCCACGGCUAGCGUGUGCUAGCGGGCCAGGGCUAGCAGAUGGAUGGAAUCUUCGUGGUUAACGUCGUAACCACAUCAGACGAUUUCGUCGGCAGACCAGUCGUGUAGGAUCGGCGGGGCUCCGUGUCAACACUAGGUGGUCCCGUCCGGUUGACAGAGAGGUAGAUAGCCGGGAGAUGGGCCUAGCUCAGGAUGAUUAGCCAGACCACAGCGUCCGUUUUGUUGUAGCCAGCUGGUAGCGAUGAAUCCGGAGUUAAAGGUCCAGUGAUUCAGUGAUUCCGGCGGAAAAACUGAUAUGUUCUGGGUCGAUAACGCGCUGUGCAGACUGGCCGAAUAUCCGGUGAUCAAUGUCCAGUGAUUAAAAUUAAUCCCGCGGAAAAAAAUCCAAUGUUCUGGGUGAAACACCGCUAGCUGUGGCUAAUAGCAAGUAGCUAGUUCAGUAGCUAGUUCAGUUUAGUGAGUAAGAGGCCACGGAUAGCGUGUGCUAACGGGCCAGGGCUAGCAGAUGGAUGGAAUCUUUGUGGUUAACGUCGUAACCACAUCAGACGAUUUCGUCGGCAGACCAGUCGUGUAGGAUCGGCGGGGCUCCGUGUCAACACUAGGUGGUCCCGUCCGGUUGACAGAGAGGUAGAUAGCCGGGAGAUGGGCCUAGCUCAGGAUGAUUAGCCAGACCACAGCGUCCGUUUUGUUGUAGCCAGCUGGUAGCGAUGAAUCCGGAGUUAAAGGUCCAGUGAUUCAGUGAUUCCGGCGGAAAAACUGAUAUGUUCUGGGUCGAUAACGCGCUGUGCAGACUGACCGAAUAUCCGGUGAUCAAUGUCCAGUGAUUAAAAUUAAUCCAGCGGAAAAAAUCCAAUGUUCUGGGUGAAACACCGCUAGCUGUGGCUAAUAGCAAGUAGCUAGUUAGCUGGCUAGCUAGUUUCAACUGGAGAUUCUAGAUUCUAGAUAAAAGGUAAGUCAAUAAUAGAAUCCGUUCCACAUUGAGUGAGGCGGGUUGCAGGAAAGUAUAUUUUGUAGAAGGAUGAAAAGUCUGAUAGGGAAUUAUGUACGAAAAAUACAAAAAACAGGGUAUUUACAGACACACGACAGAAACAGGACUGCACUACUUCGCCAUCUUGGAAUUAGGGUUAAGUGCCUUGCUCAAGGGCACAUCGACAGAUUUUUCACCUAGCCGGCUCGGGGACUCGAACCAGCAACCUUUUGGUUACUGGUCCAACGAUCUUAACCGCUAGGCUACCUGCCGAUGGAGUAACUAUUAGCCUUUCUUGUAUUUUGUUUCAAUCAAAGCAUAGGCUAUAUCCUGCUUAGUGGCACGAGCUGUUGCGUUUUGGCCGCAUUAGAACUGUGGGGUUGUAAUUUGAAAUACUUGCUACACCAGAAGUAUAUGUAGGAGGAAUGUAUAUGGUGUGGUCAAUUAAGGGUGGCUAUGAGCCACGGGCUUGGAGAGUUACUUGUAAGGGAAAAGGCAAUCACAUGGUUGUGGUCACUGAUAAGGGUGGAUAGCUAUGGAAUAGUGAGGAAUGUGGGCCCAGGUCAGGUCACAUGAAGGGGAAGGAACCAUUUAUUACCCACAUCACUUAACUUCCUCCACUGUGUACUACUCCCUUCACAGAACAGCGCAAACUGGCUCUAACCAGAAUAGAAAGAGGAGUGGGAGGCCCCGGUGCACAACUGAGCAAGAGGACAAAUACAUUAGAGUGUCUAGUUUGAGAAAAAGAUGCCUCACAGGUCCUCAACUGGCAGCUUCAUUAAAUAGUACCCGUAAAACACCAGUCUCAACAACAACAGUGAAGAGGCGACUCCGGGACUCCGAGUUGCAAAGACAGCGUGUUAAGGUGUCAAAAACCGGCCCAGCUCCCCUUCCUCUCUUCUGUGGGAGAAAGGGGGUCUGGCUCUCGUCAGCCCCUUGCCAAGCUGAUCUGAGGCUUUUGAUCCUCACCCAGGAGAGAGUCAUGACACACAAUACCCCAUAAUGACAAAGCGAAAACAGGUUUGUAGAAAUGUUUGCAAAUGUAUAAAAAAACAAAAACAGAAAUACCUUAUUUACAUAAUAUUCAGACCCUUUGCUAUGAGACUCGAAAUUGAGCUCAGGUGCUUUCUACAACUUGAUUGGAGUCCACCUGUGGUAGAUUCAAUUGAUUGGACAUGAUUUGGAAAGGCACACACCUGUCUAUAUAAGGUCCCACAGUCGACAGUGCAUAUCAGAGCAAAAACCAAGCCAUGAGGUCGAAGGAGUUGUCCGUAGAGUUCCGAGACAGGAUUGUGUAGAGGCACAGAUCUGGGGAAGGGUACCAAAAAAUGUCUGCAGCAUUGAAGGUUCCCAAGAACACAGUGGCCAUCAUUCUUGAAUGGAAGGAGUUUGGAACCACCAAGAAUCUUCCUAGAGCUGGCCGCCCGGCCAAACUGAGCAAUCGGGGGAGAAGGGCCUUGGUCAGGGAGGUGACCAAGAACCCGAUGGUCAUUCUGACAGAGCUCUAGAGUUCCUCUGUGGAGAUGGGAGAGCCUUCCAGAAGGACAACCAUCUUUGCAGCACUCCACCAAUCAGGCCUUUAUGGUAGAGUGGCAAGACGGAAGCCACUCCUCAGUAAAAGGCACAUGACAGCCCGCUUGGAGUUUGCCAAAAGCCACCAAAAGACUCCCAGACCAUGAGAAACAAGAUUCUCUGGUCUGAAGAAACCAAGAUUAAACUCUUUGGCCUGAAUACCAAGCGUCACGUCUGGAGGAAACCUGGCCCCAUCCCUACGGUGAAGUAUGGUGGUGGCAGCAUCAUGCUGUGGGGAUGUUUUUCAGCGGCAGGGACUGGGAGACUAGUAAGGAUCGAGGCAAAGAUGAACGGAGCAAAGUACAGAGAGAUCCUUGAUGAAAACCUGCUCCAGAGCGCUCAGGACCUCAGACUGGGGGCGAAGGUUAAUCUUCCAACAGGACAAUGACCCUAAGCACACAGCCAAGACACGCUUCGGGACAAGUCUCUGAAUGUCCUUGAGUGGCCCAGCCAGAGCCCAGACUUGAACUCGAUCUAACAUCUCUGGAAAGACCUGAAAAUAGCUGUGCAGCGAUGCUCCCCAUCUAACCUGACAGAGCUUGAGAGGAUCUGCAGAGAAGAAUAGGAGAAACUCCCCAAAUACAGGUGUGCCAAGCUUGUAGUGUCAUACCCAAGAAGACUCGAGGCUGUAAUCGCUGGCAAAGGUGCUUCAACAAAGUACUGAGUAAAGGGUCUGAAUACUUAUGUAAAUGUGAUAUUUCAGUUUUUUAUUUUUAAUACAUUUGCAAACAUUUCUAAAAAACAGUUUUUGCUUUUUCAUUAUGGGGUAUUGUGUGUAGAUUGAUGAGGGGGGAAAAAAACAAUUUAAUCCAUUUUAGAAAAAGGCUGUAACGUAACAAAAUGUUGAUAAAGUCAAGGGGUCUGCAUACUUUCCGAAUGCACUGUAUGCAAGAUUUUACUUCUAGUUUAACAGAGUUUAACUGUAGGCUAAAUUAGUGUUGUCUUGGCUCGGCAGGCUAUCCAGGGCUUCAUACUGAUGGAUAAUACAUUAUUCUUAUGGCUAAUAUUAAAGAGCAUACUUGUAAAGUUGCCCAUUGGUUAACUAUUUGACCUAUACAUAUUGUUUGUUUGUUUUUGCAUGUUUUCCAGCUUGGUGCUACAAGCAAUGAAUUGUCAGGUAACAUCCUUUCCUUGCUUCUGUGGUUAUUAGGCAGAACAGAUCAGACUUGUUGAUGCAUUCCCUUGACCUAAUAUUAUUAUAUUUCAUGUGAUGUCUAAUACAUUUUUAAAUAAUCCCUGUUGGCAUAUCAUUAGACAGUGUUGCAAAAUGCAGGCUUAUCAGGCCAUAUCUACUCGUACAUUUGUCAUAUGCAGAAAUGUGCCAAUGAAGUCAGAGAAUUGUGAAAUUAUAAAUGAGAUUAUUGAAUAUGAAUAUCUAGUGUGUUUCAUCCCAGAUGUGUCAAGUGGAGCACAGGAAGAUCCCAACUCUGAGAGUGGGCCUGGAGAGGAGGGUGGAGCUGAGGAGUGUCCUCAGAGCUCUGCUGUGGUGCUGCAGAGGGUUCCUGAGAGCAUGUCGAGAGACAUGUUGUUGUUGCUGGUGGAGACCAUCUCUGGCCUGGAGGAAGACAACUUCUCCCUGGAGGUCAUCAGUGAGACAAAAACAGCUGUCGUGACCUUCAAUAAUCCCAAAGGUAGGUCACUAUUUCAAAUUACCUUUUUUUUUUACAACAAAAAUAAACAAUGAAUUUCACUUCUGAAGUAUUAUAAAACAGAUCUCUCCCUCACACUAAGGGAUCAUAAUUUCAAGAACUGUUGUACAUUAUAUUAAGGAUAUGAUUGCUGUCUGUCUUUAGAUGUGGAGCGGUUCCUCACUGAGAGCAAGAGCAACAAGAGUUUCCAGAAGCAGGGUUUGAUUGGCUGGUUGCUAGAGAGGGGCCAGAGUGUGAGAGUGGAGAACCUGACCUCCAACAUACCUCAAGAUAUGCUGGAGCUCUACUUUGAGAAAUGGGCUGGCCCAGCAAAGGACAUCACUAUGUUUCCUGAGGAGCAGGCAGCCAUUGUCACCUUCCACGCACCAGAAGGUAAAACCUGCUGUUUGAAUUAGUUGUUUUAUUAAAUAAAUGUUCAUCAAUUUGAUUAUUUGGUCAUCUGCUACUUUCUAUUGUAAGACUAAUUAAAUGUAGACUUGCUAUUCUGUUGCUGCAGCAGUCUCUUGGCCUCUAACAUAAAUAUUCAGUUUUCUCCCUAAUUUAAUGCUAUGACAGACAGUCUGUUAUCUAUGUCGUUUCAGUUGUGGAAACAACUCUAAAUAAACAUCAUGUAAUUGGCAAAGUCCCAGUCAACGUGUAUCCAUACUACGAGUCCUUGGGCACUGCCUUGUAUGGCAAAAAGAGGCCAAUGUGGAAGAUGCCUGACCCCUUCAUAGAGAGUGUGCAUUCUGCCGUAUGGAAAUUCCUCUCCAUGAAGAGACAGUUGUCCCCCAUCACUGACCAAAUGAAGGCCCACUUCUGUAAUGUAGACAUGGAUAGUCCUCAGGUAAAACUCAGUCCUCUGCCAACCCUGCUAAGGCAGAAAGGACUAACAAGCAAACAUGUAGACGGAUGGAAGAAGAAUGCCUCGAUUGUCUUCCGUGACAUCAUGGCCCAAUAUGCAGUGUUUGAGUGUUUUGCAAGUGCCCCAGCGUGGAAGGCAGUGGAGAACGAAGUCCGCUCGGUGGUGAAAGAGGAUGCUGUGCUGGCUAUGGAUGCCUCCAAAGGGUCUCUGACAGUUGCAGGUCUGGCCGAAGACACAAAGCGACUCAGGGGGCCGGUGGAAGACCUCAUGCAGAGGGCCAUGAGUCAGAUAGAGAGGCAGAGGGACGGCAUCUCGGAGGAGAUGGACGUGUCCCCUGCCAUGUUCUACAUCCUGCAGCAGGACGGACUGCGGAAGCGUGUAGCAGACGAAGCCCCAGAGAUGGGUUUUUCCUACAGAGACGACACCAAGAAGCUGAUUCUCUCAGGUCUUGUCGCAGAGGUGUACAAGGUGCAGAACUGGAUCCUGGAGAGGAAGAUCAAGAUGAAUAAGAAGCAGCUGAAGCUGGACCCCCACCUCCUGGACUUCCUGCGGUCAGUGGACAGUAUGGAGAUGUCCCAGGACCUGUUCACGUCCCGGGGCAUCAGUGCUGUGUACAGCGUGGAGGGUGGAGAGGUGCUUCUGACUGGCAGCUCAGACAGAGCCUUGGCUGAUGCAGAGCAGAGGGUGAAGACUGCCCUGUCCCUGCAGAGCCUUAUGGUGGAGGACCAGGAGGUGCUAAGGAAGCGUGAGUGGAAGGAUCUGAACAAGCAGCUGGUGGAUGCCUACAACUCCCUAAAGAAAAAAACGGUGGUGAUAAAGCUUCACCCAGAGAGCAGAGACAGAAUCAUUGUGUCUGGCUUCCUGGACCCGGUCAGAGAGGUCAGCAACAGUCUGCAGGACUUUGUUGAAAAGUACUCACGAGUCGAAGAGGCUGUCUUUGUCAAGUCCUGUGCCGUGGUUAAAUUCAUUCAGGAGAACAAAUCUCAGGACUGGAAACAUUUUGCCAAGGGUGAUGAGGUGAAUGUAGGCUUUGACCCCAGAAGGCCCAGAAUUGUCCUUUCUGGAGCCCGUCUCUAUGUCAAGAAGGCCAAGGAGACCUUUCAGAAGAUGGUAGAAGCCAUCUGCACUGAUGAGCUCACCAUCAUGAAGCCUGGAGCAAGGAAGUACUUCCAAGAGAAGGGAAGCAUGUUUGUUUCCAUGGCGAUGAAGGAUCAUGGCUGUGUGGUGCUGCUGCAGGAAGACUACAUGCUUGAGGACGAUGAUAAAGAUGAGGAGGAAGGGUUUGGCCCGUCAUCCUGCUGUGAUGUGAGGACACACAAUGGAAUCCUGGUCUCCGUCAGUAAGGCUGAUAUCUGCAAGUUCAAAGCGGAUGCAGUAGUCAAUGCAGCCAAUGAAGACCUGCAGCAUAUUGGAGGCCUGGCUUUAGCACUACUCAAGGCUGCUGGUCCACGGCUGCAGGAGCUCAGUGAUCAACAUGUCCGUAAUAACCGCCGACUGCAGCCAGGAGACGCCAUUGUGACAGAUGCAGGCAAUCUGCCCUGUAAGUAUGUGGUCCAUGCGGUCGGUCCACGGUUCACAGACUUUGACCGGAGAACAGCCAUACAGCGUCUGAAACGAGCUGUGAAUGAGAGCCUGAGGGAGGCUGCGAAGGUUAACUGCUCAACUGUUGCCGUCCCGGCCGUCAGCUCUGGGAUAUUCGGCUUUCCUCUGGACCUGUGCACUGAGACCAUUGCAGUGGCAGUGCGUGACUACUGUGAGAACCUGAGGGGUCAGACCUCCCUGACUGAGAUUCACCUGGUGGACAACAAUGACAACACUGUGAGAGCCCUGGCCAGUGCUGUCCAGAAAACGUUCAGUGACCUGCACCCAAAAAUGACCAUGCCUCCGCAGGGUGCACAUAGGGGAAGGGGACAACGGGGAAGUGGACGAAGGGGAAGAGGACAACAUAGUUACAGACAUGAAGAACCUGGAUAUCAGGGACAGUCACCAUGGGGAUAUGGGCAACGGGAACACGGCCGAGGAGGAGGUGGAGGGAGAGGAGGACGUGGAGAUAGGGGAGGAGGAGCUAGAGAAAGCGAUCAUGAAAACCGAGAGGAGCAGAGGAGAGAGUAUGGCCAAGAGAGGAAGUUUGAGAGGGCAGGCAGUGGGGAAAUCCUGCAGACCAAUCGCACACAAGAGGGUCUGAAGAUCAUUCUAAGGAAGGGAAAUAUCCAGGAGGAAUGUGUGAGUACACCUACUGUAGUUAUCAGAGCACCAGGUAAACCAUUGUUAUAUAAUACAUGUAUGGUAAGAAGUACAUGAAUAUCAGAUAACCCAGAGUAUAAGAUGUAUAAUUGGUUUACCUUUCAUUCUACUCUUCUUUAUCUGGAAUGACAGCUGUCUUGUAGAAGUCAUAAUUUAUGUUUGAAUAGAAAUACAUAGCUGUUCCCUUCUCGCUUCAUGAAUGUUUGGUCAUUUGUUUUGACACCUCUAGUCUGAUGGCAUCGUCAACACCAUCUCUGAGGAUGUGGACCUGAGUAAAGGUGCUGUGUCCAAUGCCAUCUUAAAGGCAGCCGGUCCUGGGCUCCAAUCAGCAGCCACCGAUGAGGCUCGCACCAUCAGAUUGGCCUAUGGUGACGUUGUGGUCACCGACGGUUACAACCUGCGAUGUCAGAGAGUGAUCCAUACUGUCUGCCCCCAUUGGGACCAGGGAGCUGGCUCAGCAGAGAAGGUAAGCUAUGAGUUAUUGACUGUGCUUAAUUUGUACAUCGGGAGGUCCCGGAACACAUAGUGAGCACGAUGGGGGAUGGGGGGGGCUCUGAGGUGCCGGAGCACAUUGAGAAAAAAAUGACAUCAACGUAGCAGUAGAACAAAUAUCACAAUAUCGGAAUAUAACUUCAAAUAAAAUGUAUCAAUGUAGUCUACAGCAGAACACACAUAUGAGAAUAUAUAGGCCUCCUGCCUAUGUGAUAAUAUGAAGCACAUAUUCAGAUGACCUUCACAGUACAGAACAAGUUUGUAAAGGGAAAAAAAUGUCCUACCUUAGUUUUCAAAACCUCCCACAAUGUCUCUCACCAUGUCGAGUCCGUUUAACUCCUGAGAGUCAAUUUAUUGCUCAAAGCAAUGAGCGGACCUGUGGCUGUGACGUUUAGUCUCCUAAGGCUGUUCUGAAGACUCUGGCUGUAUUGUCUAUUUUUUUCAUUUUGAGUGUUAACCUCUCAAGGAUCGGACCCUUUUUUUCUAUUUUCGCCUAAAAUGACAUACCCAAAUCAAACUGCUUGUAGCUCAGGACCUGAAGUAAGGAUAUGUAUAUUCUUGAUACCAUUUGAAAGGAAACACUUUGAAGUUUGUGGAAAUGUGACAUUUAUGUAGGAGAAUAUAACACAUUAGAUCUGGUAAAAGAUAAUACAAAUAAAAAAACAUGUGUUUUAUAUUAUUUUUUUUGUUCCAUCAUCUUUGAAAUGCAAGAGAAAGGCCACAAUAUAAUAUUACAGUUUAGGCGCAACUUCGAUUUUGGCCACUAGCUGGCAGCAGUGUGUGCAAAGUUUCAAAUUGAUCCAGUUAAGCAUUGCAAUACUGGACUAUUUUGUAUCAAGUCUGCCCAAAUGUGCCGAAUUGGUCAAUUGAUACAUUUUCAAGUUCAUAACUAUAAAGAACAUACAAAAAUGAUAUGGUAAAACAAAAUGUAAGUUUACACACUCCCAGGAAUGUCAUACAUGAUGGAUCAUUAGCUUAUACACUAACUUUCACACAUCUAGAUGACUGGGUGGGGUGGGUGUGGAGCCAGAGGCAGCAGGGGUUCAAACUGUAGAACCCAGUUCCUAGAUUUGAAUAUAAAAAUUGAUUUUAUCAAACAAAACUAUGCUACAUUUUAUCUCUGGGACCCUUAGGAUGACAAAUCUGAGCAAGAUUACUGAAUAUAAGUACAUUAUUUACCUUCAGAGGUGAAUGUAUCAAACCAGUUGCUUUGAUAUGUUUUUUGUUGUUGUGCACUCUCCUCCAACAAUAGCAUGGUAAUAGCUACUGUAAAUUGGACAGUGCAGUUAGAUUAACAAGACAUUAAGCUUUCUGCCCAUAUAAGACAUGUCUAUGUCCUGGAAAGUUUGCUGUUACUUACAACAGUCAUGCUAAUCACAUUAGCGCACGUUAGCUCAACCGUCCCGUAAACGGGACACCGAUCCAGUAGAGGUUAACUAUAACCUGGGUGUCCUCUUUAGCCUUGUCUACAAGGCUUGCUGCCACCAAAUGCGCUUUGGUUCGGGCAUGUUCAAAAACCUUUUUUCUGAGGGCUCUUUGUUGUUGUUUUUUACGUCUGAGGCAUAGGAUGUUAACUUACUGUGGAUUCCACCCACUCUUUUGCUAGUUUAAUCCCUCCAGUCAUUUCUAGACCCAAGCUCCCUACCUUUUUGCAUGUUGUACAGCCCAACUUUGAAUUCUGCAUGACAAGCCAGGGGUUAUGUGUUUGCUUGGUCUUGAACUGCAAAUUGCACCAGCUCCGAGCACUUCGUUGGUGGAUGCACUGCCCCCCUCCCCCCCAGCUCCCCGUCUCCCUCUCCCGCUGAGUCUGAGUCGCUAGUAGGCCUACUAGCUAGUGGAGGUGCCGGUGGUGAUGCUGAACUGGCGGGAUUAGCAGCGCUGCUAGCUAAGGCAUCGCCAUCAGGAACCGUUUGCCCCUCACUCCUCCAGCACUGACAGUUCUCUGGCUCGUUCUGGGUUCGAUUCACCAUCUUUCUCUGGAUUUUUGGACUUGAAAAAUGUCAUCAAACUCGAUUGCCUUUUCUUAUUCAUUUUUUUACUUGGCUUUCCCACGAUUCAAACUCAGUAUGGAGACGACUAGCCUAGGCUACGUAACGUGAUUACGUAGGGACCUCUUCACUAGCUGACCACCACUACCAAGACCUGUGUCAAGAUCAGUUACUUACCCCACCCGCACUCCCAAUAACCUCUAUGUACAAAUAAGAGAGCAGGUCUGGAAUCAGUGUGGCAGGAUAGGAUGAAGGAUCCCCGCACUUCUACAUGAUGGUCUUUCUGUGGGGUGGGAGAAAUAACGACGAGGCACCUUGAUUUAACGCUGAUCGCUUUUAUUAGAAUGUAUACAGUGCGAACAGUGAAACAAUUAAUAAAUCAUGCCGCGAGAGGUAUCGGGCAAAUAGGUGCCGGAACAAACAAAGUCAAAUCUGAGAGGUCCGGAUCCUGUUCCGGCAGGAUCCAGCUCAAAUUAAGAAGUGGUUAUUGAGAGUGGGAGUGAUCAGUGCAUCGAAAGGUUUUAGUAAAACAUUUCUAAAAUUGUCUAUGUGUUUGUGAUUUAAGAUAUUGAUAACGAUCAUCAGAGAUUGCCUGAGCGAGGCAGAGAAGCAUAGGCUGGCAUCCCUGUCUUUCCCUGCCAUUGGCACUGGGAACAUGGGAUUCCCUAAGGGCCUGGUGUCCAAGCUUCUUCUGCAGGAGGUCAAAGACUUCAGCCAGAGAAGACACGCCACACACCUAAAAGAGGUGGCCAUCGUGGUCCACCCCAGUGACACCCAAACUGUGGAUGUAAGUUUGAAGAUGGAAAAUGGUUUAAAGGGGGAUUCAGUGUUUAUCAUCACACAGAGAUUGUAUUGUUGGGAUAACCUCACCUUUGUCUUUGUUUGUUGUGCUCUUAGAUAUGUUUGAUAAAUGCUCCACACUUUUAUAUCUCCUGUUUACAGUGCUUUGUCAGGGAAUUCAAAGGUCAGACACAAGGGAAUAAUUGGCAGAGUUCAGGUGCCAGCCAAUCACAACAUUCCAAAUCCUAUGUUGGCCAAUCACAACAUCCCAAAUCCUAUGUUGGCCAAUCACAGCAGCCCUCUGGUAAGCUUAACUCACAGCCUUCAAAAUCUCCCCCAAAAUAUUCAACCAUUGAGACCCUGCUGCCUCUUUAGAGCGUGUCUGUUUCCACAGAAACCUCUUGUCUAAACAUGUUAUUUUCAUUAGGUGCAGGCUUCUUUGGACAGGUGUCAUCACCUUCUCUGGGUGUGUACAGCAUGCAGAUGGGUCACAUUACUUUUGAAGUUUCAUCAGGAGACAUCACCAAGGAGACCAGUGACGUCAUUGUCAACUCCUCCAAUAAGGACUUUAACCUCAAAUCAGGUGACUUGUACCUCUGACAAAAGCAUAGGUGUGGUAACCAAUGUUUCAUGUUUAUGAGGCUACAAAGACAAAUUCUAAGGGACACCUUAUAAGGAUGUUUAAGAUCUACACAAUCCAAAUUAACAGUGUUUACAACUAUACGAUCAGGAAGCAAGCUAAAUCCCAUAAACCCCCACAGACCCACAACUUAUUUAAUGGUUGCUCACAACUUAUUUAAUGUCUUUGUUUCUUCAGGUGUAUCCAAAUCCAUUUUAGAAGGAGCUGGAUUGAAGGUGGAAUUGGAGUGCUCAGAGAUUGGUGUGUAUCCAUGUCCUUGAAACUGGUAGUCAUGUUGGCUGUGAAUGAGAUUACAUUUCAGUACUGUUUGAUACUGUCUUGUAAAAGUCUAAAGUCAGAGUCCAGUCCAUGGGUCCUACAACACUGGUGUGCAUUGAUUGUAUAUUUUAGUAACAGAUUCUUGACAUGAAAACCUUUCCUUGUAUGCCUCUCUACAGUCAAAUCCCCAAGCUUCCAGCAAUGCAGAAUGAUAAUGACAUCAGCAGGAUCUCUCCCAUGCAGACACAUCAUGCACAUUGUGGGACACAAUGACCCUGAGAUCAUUAAAGAGACUGUGUACAAUGUUCUCAAGAAGUGUGAGGAGCAAAAGUUCACCUCAGUGUCCUUCCCAGCUCUUGGAACAGGUACUCUGCUUUAAUGGUCUUUAUUGGACUACACUGUCCUGGGUAGUUGCAUGUUUUUGUUGUACUUGGCUGCAGUGUGCUGGCCUGUUCUGUUGUGUUCUUUGUUCCUACUCUGAGGUUGUGGAGUGGCCAUAUGUUUUGCUUCCAUGUGCUAGGGACUACCUGCUACUCAUACUGACUACCUGCUACUUUUCUUAGCCUAAUUUUCAAAUAAUCUUAUUCUUUCUGCGUGUUUCUGCUUUUUUUAUUUUUCCCCACACAAACUAUGCCUCGCUCUUUUACUUGUUGGGAUCCUGAGUGGCGCAGCAGUCUAAGGCACUGCAUCGCGGUGCUAGUGGUGUCACUACAGACCCGGGUUCGAGCCCAGGCUGUAUCACAACCGGCCGUGAUCAGGUGUCCCAUAGGGUGACGCAGGGUGCCUAGUUAAAUAAAAAUACAAUAUUUUCCUUGUCUCCUUCCCUUCCACAUUUUCCUUGUCUCCUUCCCUUCCGUAUUUUUCUUGUCUCCUUCCCUUUCUUCCAUAUUUUUCUUGUGAUUAGUCACUCUCAGGGACAGAUUUGCAUCAUGUCAUUGUCUGUCCAUUUGUCUCCAUCUGUGUCUUUCUGUUUGCCUCCAUAGCCAUGUUAUUGUCUGUCUGCCCCCAUCUGUCUGUCUGUCAGGCCAGGGUGGAGCGAGUCCCUCUGCUGUUGCGGACGCCAUGAUUGACGCGGUGGUGGACUUUGUGAAGAAGAGAAAGGGACGGUUUGUGAGAAGUGUGAAGAUCCUGAUAUUCCAGACCACCAUGAUGACUGAGUUCCACGAGAGCAUGAAGAGGAGAGUGGGAGAGGGAGUGGAGGAGAAGGGCUUUUUAACCAAGAUAAAAGGUCAGUGAGAAUGGAAGUGUGCGAGGUAGAAGACAAUAUGAGCUCAAUGUGUACUAAUACAAUAUAGUUAUUAUAAUCUCAAAUUACAUUUUGUCAAGGAGUUUAUGUUAUGUGUUCUCUUUCUUCAUAGAUUCAGUGACAACAUUCUUUAUGGGACCCAGUGAUGAGCACUCUGCCCGUGAAAACUUUGUCAUGGAGGGAGAGGAGUUUGCCCCGACCGUGUUCCAGUUGUGUGCAGAGAACCCCCAGGCUGUGAGGCUUGCCCGGGACUGGAUUAAAAACCUCAUCGUGAAGGAGCAAACUGAGAAAACCAUCAAGAAUCCGUACAUCAGCCAGCUGAGCCAGGAGGACAUGGAGAAGUUGCAGGCCAUGCAGAGGGAGCUGACGGUCAGGAUACGCCUGGAGAAGAAGGGCCCCGACUCCCUGAUCUGCCUGGAGGGCCUGAGCCGCGAUGUGCUUACAGCAGACGGCCACAUCAUGGACAUGCUCCUGGACCAGGAGAGGAAAGAGAACCGCAGACAGAAAGCUUUCCUGGUGAGCAGCCUGGUGGAGUGGCAGUACCAAAACCACAGUGGGACAAUGGUGCCUUUCGACAUGUUCACCAACUACAACCUGGAGGAGGCUGUGACAGAGAACAGCAAAGUGACAAUCAAGAUCAACAAUGAGGAUUAUGAGGCAAAUGUAUUAAAAAUGAGAGCUUUCAAGAUUAGGGGCAGAAGAGAAGUUGAGUUAUUGAGAAAAGACUUGAAAGGUGGGUCAAUCCAUAAUUAAUCCUCAUCUGUCUAGACUGCGUUAAAAUGAAAUGAUGUAGAAUGGUGAUAUUAAAUAUCAAAGAAUGUGUUCUUUUUAAGAACACAUUUUUUGUUUAAUUUUGUGGCUGCAUACUGUAUAACAGGGGUCUCCAACCUUUUCUAGCACAAGCAUGUUGCAAGCUAUUUUUUUUAUAGCUUUAAAAUAGACACUUUCUUCUCUUAUCCUCUACCCUGCAACUCGUCCCCGGGUCCUUGGUGUACAAGAGAUGUUUUCUGUCAAUAUGCCUGGUAAAAUAAUGUUUAAUAAGCAGUAUUUGGCAUGACAGGACCUAUACAAUUCUCUUGUAUUUUCCAUAAUUCUGUUUUCUCUGUUUUAUACUCUCAAUAUUACAAUUAUUCAUAGAGAAACAACGAAAACUGAUGUUCUGAGUGCUUACCUCACAUCAGAAGAUGUUGUUUUUUUGUGUGUAAUUCACCUUUAUUUGUUCAUCUAGAAAGAGAGGAAUGUGUUGGUCUACUGCUGCAGCACAUCAAAUCAAAUUGUAUUUCUCACAUACACGUGUUUAGCAGAUGUUAUUGCAGGUGUAGCGAAAUGCUUUUGCUUCUAGCUCCGACAGUGCAGUAAUAUCUAACAAGUAAUAUCUAACAAUUUCACAAGUCGCUCUGGAUAAGAGCGUCUGCUAAAUGACGUAAAUGUAAAUAUAUACCCAAUACAAACAAAUCUAAGUAAGGAAUGGAAUUAAGAAUAUAUACAUAUAUGGACGAGCAAUGACAGAGCGGCAUGGACUAAGAUGCAGUAGAAUAUUAUAGAAUACAGUAAAUACAUAUGAGAUUAGUAAUGCAAGAUAUGUAAACAUUAUUAAAGUGACUAGUGUUCCAUUUAUUAAAGUGGCCAGUGAUUUCUAAUCUAUGUCUAUAGGCAGCAGCCUCUAAUGUGCUAGUGAUGGCUAUUUAACAGUCUGAUGGCCUGAUGUUUUUUAGUCUUUCGGUCCCAGCUUUCAUGCACCUGUACUGACCUCGCCUUCUGGAUGAUAGCAGGGUGAACAGGCAGUGGCUCGGGUGGUUGAUGUCCUUGAUGAUCUUUUUGGCCUUCCUGUGACAUCGGGUGCUGUAGGUGUCCUGAAGGGUUGGUAGUUUGUCCCUGGUAAUGCGUUGGGCAGACUGCACCACCCUCGGAGAGAACCUGCGGUUGCGUGCGGUUGCAGUUGCUGUACCAGGCGGUGAUAGAGCCCCACAGGAUGCUCUCAAUUGUGCAUCUGUAAAAGUUUGUGAGGGUUUUAGGUGCCAAGCCAAAUUUCUUCAACCUGAGGUUGAAAAGGCUCUGUUGCGCCUUCUUCACCACACUGUCUGUGUGGGUGGACCAUUUCAGUUUGUCAGUGAUGUUUUCGCCAAGGAACCUGAAGCUUACUACCUUCUCCACUGCAGUCCCGACGAUGUGGAUACGUGUGUCCUCCCUCUGCUGUUUUCUGAAGUCCACGAUCAGCUCCUUUUAUUUUGUUGACAUUGAGUGAGAGGUUAUUUUCCUGGCACCACACUCCCAGAGCCCUCACCUCCUCCCUGUAGGCUGUUUCGUUAUUGUUGGUAAUCAAGCCUACUACUGUUGUGUCGUCUGCAAACUUGAUGAUUGAGUUGAAGGCGUGCUUGGCCACGGUGUCAUGGGUGAACAGGGAGUACAGGAGUGGGCUGAGCACGCACCAUUGUGGGGCACCAGUGUUGAGGAUCAGCAAAGUGGAGGUGUUGUUUCCUACCUUCACCACCAGGGGGCGUCCCGUGAGGAAGUCCAGGACCCAGUUGCACAGGGCGGGGUUCAGACCCAGGGCCUCGAGCUUAAUGAUGAGCUUGGAGGGUACUAUGGUGUUGAAUGCUGAGCUAUAGUCAAUGAACAGCAUUCUUACAUAGGUAUUCCUCAUGGCACUGAGUAUAUCAUCAAUAUGCAUUUAAAGUUGUUAAUGAUUGAGUCUUUUUAAUAUACAAUACUUAUUGUGUAAUGAAUUGGUCACUAAAUUCCUAACUCUCUACUGUGUUUUGUCCAGAUGAUUCAUCAGUGUCUCUGCCUGCACACUGGGAUGACAUGAAGGGUUCCCUCUUAAUGCUGGUCCCACUAACUCCAGGAUCCAAGGGAUACAACGACGUGGAGCAGGAAUUUCAGAAAACGUUGCUCAACAACACCAUCGUUAAAGUAUGUUUGUAAAAAUAUAUAGCAGAAUUUCAUUUGCAAUCCACAAUAGACUGAUUUUCUAUGGUGACGUUAUAUGAAAGCCUCACAUUUUGCGACUUUGAUGUUAGAAAUCCCUCAACUAUCUUUUUUUAAGACAAUCAUUUUAAUUGUGUUUGCUGCUACAUUAAAGGCAGCAAAGCGUUUUGGACUUUUUUUAAAGAAUGGAACUGUAUUUCCUGGAACCAGUGAAAUGUGUUAUUCUUAUUCCUGUGCUGUUCAUUAAAUAUUUAGGUAUGUGGGAUUGCACUUCAGUAAUAAAAAAAUCACUGUCGAUUUCUACGUGUUUUGUUUGCUAUUUGAAGAUUGAACGAGUCCAGAACGAGGCACUGUGGAAGAGCUACCAGAUAAGAAAGAACCUCCUGGAGGACAAGAACAAGCACACAAACAACGAGAAACUGCUCUUCCAUGGCACCAGUUCAGAUUCCAUCACCCAAAUCAACAACCAUGGCUUCAAUCGCAGCUACGCUGGAACACAUGGUAUGAGAAUGGUUUAAUGGAAACAUGUCUGAUGACCAAUAUUUUUACUGUUAUAUUGAGACCUCUUCCUAAGGGAGGAGGAGUUUGAUGUUCAGACAUAAAUCAAUCUGAUCAACUGGGUAUCAUUGUUGUAAAAAUGUUUUACAACUCUUUAAGUACAAUAUGUUUUUCGUUCAGGUGCUGCAAUUGGCAAUGGAUCAUACUUUGCUGUGGACUCCAGGUAUUCAGCAGGAGGAUAUUCUAAAGCUGAUGCACAGGGGCUCAAGCGUAUGUACCUGGCCAGGGUUCUUGUUGGAGACUUCACUCGGGGCCAAAAAGGCUUGAUCGUUCCUCCUGCCAAACCUUCAGGGAAGGAUGCUGAUUUGUACGACAGCGUCACAGACAACACCUCCAAUCCAACCAUGUUUGUGAUCUUCAAUGAUGUGCAGGCUUAUCCAGAGUUCCUCAUCACAUUCAAGUAAAUUGGAUUUAACUGUACAUUCAUUAGUACAUCAAUACUUCAUAACAAAUUCUAUAUGUCUGUGUGAAGGGUUUUAAAGGUAUGUGGGUUAGUUGUUAUAGCCAUGUUUGAGGUUAGACAUCCUUAGAGUAACUACUUUUUAUAGACAUAUCAAUUAUAUUGCUUAGGGCCUGGGCCCAGUUGCAUAAAACAUCU